AUCGUGGACUUUUAAUACUGCAAGAAGAAUACAAAAGUUUUCAAUCUUUUUAUGUUUCCAGAUCCGUUUAUUGAAACAGAAAAGAAGAAAAAACUCGAAACUCACCAUUAAAAGAAACAUAAAACGGCAAAAAAACACGACAGAGAUUCUCACAGACAGAUAUUUACAAAAAGGAUUCUGUUUUGAUUAUUGGUUGUUGAAUUUUUCUUUUCUUCUUCUGUUUUGUUAAUCUUGUGGAUCGAUGUCGGAGAAGGCAGAACUUCCGUCGACAUCGAACUCCACCGGAGCUCCGUCGCGACCCACUUUAUCUCUUCUUCCGCGCCCUUUUACUGAGACGUUCUUCAACGGUGGCGUUGGUUUCAGCCCAGGUCCGAUGACUCUUGUCUCAAACAUGUUCUCCGAUUCCGAUGAGUCUAGUAGGUCUUUCUCUCAGCUCCUUGCCGGAGUCGUCAUGCCUUCUCCUGCAACGGGUAGUGAAGGGAAUAGUAAUAGCUCUAGCUCUAGUGUUGAUGUUGUUGACCCGAGAUUCAAGCAGAGCAGACCCACCGGUUUGAUGGUUUCUCAGUCACCGUCGGUGUUCACCGUACCUCCAGGGCUAAGUCCGGCGAUGUUGCUUGAUUCACCGAGCUUCUUGGGUCUUAUCUCUCCACUUCAGGGAUCAUAUGGAAUGACACAUCAGCAAGCUCUAGCACAAGUCACAACACAAGCUGUUCAAGCCAAUGCUAAUAUGCAACCUCCUUCCUCUCAGGUUCGAUCUCAGAACCCGACCUCAGCUCCGGAUUCUUCACUGCUAGCUCAAAGAGAAACCUCAGAUAUAACCAUCAUGGAGCACAGGUCACAACAGCCUCUAAAUGUUGACAAACCAGCCGUCGAUGGCUAUAACUGGCGAAAGUAUGGACAAAAGCAAGUCAAAGGCAGCGAGUUUCCUCGAAGCUAUUACAAGUGCACGAGCCCAGGUUGUCCUGUCAAGAAGAAGGUUGAGAGGUCUCUUGAUGGACAAGUAACAGAGAUCAUCUACAAAGGUCAGCACAAUCACGAGCCUCCUCAAAACACUAAGCGUGGAAACAAAGAUAGUCUACAUGGGAGUUUGAUUAAUAACAAUCCUAACAAAACUACGAGGGAACAGCAUGAAGCAGCAAGUCAAGCUACGACAGAGCAAAUGUCUGAGGCAAGUGACAGUGAAGAAGUAGGCAAUGGAGACACUGGUGUGAGAGACGAGCCUGAUGCCAAGAGAAGAGUUCUGGAACCAGCUGCUGCUGUUGCUGCUUCACAUAGAACAGUGGCGGAGCCUAGAAUUAUUGUUCAGACAACAAGUGAAGUUGAUCUUUUAGAUGAUGGAUAUAGGUGGCGUAAGUACGGACAAAAAAUUGUCAAAGGGAAUCCUUAUCCGAGGAGUUAUUACAAGUGUACAACGCAAGGAUGUGGAGUGAGGAAACAUGUGGAGAGAGCAGCAACAGAUCCAAAAGCUGUAGUAACAACAUAUGAAGGAAAACAUAACCAUGACCCUCCAGCAGCUAAAUCAAGCAGCCAUGCCGCUGCUGCAGCGGCACAGUUAAGGCAUGGCGGUUUGGCUAACUUAAAUCAGCAGCAGCAGCAGCCCGUUGCGUGUCUAAGGCUGAAAGAAGAGCAAACGAUUUAAGAGAGGAAAACUUAUGUUCAUCAGAAGGAGUUGUUCUUUCUAUGUUCUGGUGUAAAAGUCUUCAAAGUUUUUUAGGUUUUUUUUUCAGAUUUCUGUUUAUUCAUGUGUAUUCUUUUGUACAUGAGGAAGAAAAUUUACAGGGGGUUAUGUGUUGUAUCUUUGUGUUAUUGAUUCAGAGGAUAGGUUUUACACUUUGUGGAUGAAGUUUUAUAUGUUGCAAUAUCAAACUGUAUUUUUUGUUUGUUUGUU